AUGACCAGGUUCAGCACAUCAACCGCCUUAAAAGGGCAGUCCACGCUAAACGCGUUCAUAACCAAGAAGAAGCCGGAAAAACGAGCCAACGAGGAUGGCUACACUAGCGACGAUACUGCGGCUGGAGAGGGCGAUGAGGCCUAUGACGAGGUGACUAGGGAAAAAUCUGGAACGUCCGACACUGUGCCGGACAAGAAGGCGUCUCCAGCAAAUUCCCAUCUCCCGCCUCUGAGCGACGUACCUAGUAUUUUCAACGACCUUGUUAGUCGCAUUCCCGAAAUUGCAAAGGUUGCUGAUCAUACGAAGGGUCGCCGAAUACGCGUAGCGACAAUGUGUUCAGGAACAGAAUCGCCACUUCUUGCUCUUGAAUUGAUUCAAGAGUCUAUGCAAAGAAUAUUCUCAACAAAGCUUGACUUCCAUCAUGUAUUUUCGUGCGAAAUCGAGCCUUUCAAACAGGCUUUCAUCGAACGUAACUUUUCGCCGCCAAUUUUAUUUCGCGAUGUCUGCGAGCUGGGUGGUGAAGAAGCGACUACUGCCUAUGGAUCGCGAGAACCUGUUCCGGGAGAUGUGGACCUUCUAAUAGCAGGUACUUCAUGUGUCGACUACUCGACUCUAAACAACGAGAAGAAAGAUAUUGACUCGAAUGGAGAAUCCGGGAGGACAUUCCGAGGGAUGUUAUCGUGGGUGGAUAAGCAUCGUCCUCCCCUUGUUAUCCUGGAGAACGUAUGCGGUGCUCCAUGGAACAAGGUUGUCAGUCAUUUCGGGAAUAUACAAUACAGCGCUGCGUAUUUUCGUGUUGACACAAAAAAUUUCUACAUCCCACACACGCGUACACGUGUCUACCUUCUUGCAGUGCAUCAGGAAAACUCGAAAAUACCCGAUUCGUGGCGUACCCUUGUCAACAGGCUGGAGCGGCCAGCAUCGACAACGCUCGAUUCUUGGAUGUUACCGACUGAUGAUCAGCGGAUUCAUCAGGCGCGUCAGAAACUUGUGCGAGAAAGCUUCGGUGCACUUGACCGUCGCACAGGUCGAACAGACUGGGGUCGCUGUGAGUCUCGGCAUCAACGCGCGCGGCUUGAAGAAGGUCUAGGACCAAAACGACCUCUGACAAGUUGGGAAGAAGGAGGAUUUUGUAAACUCCCUGACUUUGCAUGGGGAGAUUGGGGCGUCGUUCAAGUCGAGCGUGUCUGGGAUCUCAUGGACAUUUCGUUGCUGCGUAAAGCGAAGCAAGGCGUUGAUCCGUCUUUUAAGACCGAAGUGUGGAACUUAUCCCAGAAUGUUGAUCGAGAAAUCGGUUCAAAGCGGCUUGGAGUAUGCCCAUGCCUAACACCAUCGAUGAUCCCAUAUAUUACGAACAGAGGAGGGCCGAUAGUUGGCAUUGAAGCACUGUCGAUGCAGGGAUUGCCCGUCAACAAAUUAUUGUUGACACGGGAGUCUGAGGACCAGUUGGCUGACUUGGCGGGGAACGCAAUGUCCACAACUGUCAUCGGCGCAUGUAUGCUCGCUGCUCUAGUUGUUGGUAGGGACCUGCUGAAGAGAGGCCAUGACAAGGAUACCUACGAAGAGAAGGCCGGAGUAAUCGAGGCAGAGAGUGUCCAGAAUCAUGUCAUGGAUGUGGACCCGGUGCAUACUAAUGUCGAGGCGUCUAUUCGAGAGGAAAGCCUGAUAGAGCACCCCCUCAAUCUUUCAUCUACAAUGGAAGCCUCAUUAUCUAAGCUUAUUGAGGAAGCGCAAGCAAGUGUUCGCUUAUGUGAAUGCGAGGGUCGGACCGACAUCACUUAUCGAGUACUAAACCGAUGCAAGGACUGCGGCACAACUUCUUGCGAGAAGUGUGGUGGACGACCAGAACAUGCCUACCGUCCAAUUGUUUUCAGCAAGCAUCCGAGAAUUCAACCCCAAUUGUUUGCACGCAAACUGAAAGCCACCUUGCCAAUGUGCAUCUCUUUAUGUGGGUUUACAGAUGAUCUCUUGAGUUGUCUGCGGGCACGUCAUGCAACUGAUAUACCAGAGAAGAAGUGGAAUGCAUGGCGCUCUGCUUUAAUGCGCGUUGUAGAAUUCGAGCAUCGCUUCGUUGAGCUAAAGAGACAAGAAAUCUGGAUUGCGACAUUCACUUCUCCGUGGAGUACUCUGGAACUUCAAUUGCACCCACAGCAGCCUGAAUGGCGCCUCUUUGCACACGCUGACAAAAAAGAACCCGCUAACAGCGAGAUACGGUCCAUCUUGGAGCUUCCUGUUGCACGAAUGCGCUGCAAGUCUGGGCUUUUGGAUGGUUGCUGGGAAAUUGCGCUUCCAAGACCUUCUCAAGUAAAAGUAUCUAUAAGAGGGACUGGCGAGAAGGUACCUGCGUGGCAAGCUCGUCUUGGGCUUCAGGGCGUAUACAAGGAUCAGACCGUCUUCAGUAAACUUGUGAUUUCUGUGCCGGAAGAUGCGGCAGGUUCAUUUGAUCGCAACAUCUCUGGCACUUAUGCAUUACUAGAUAAAUGCGGCACUGCUACAAAUGCCCUGCACCGCAAAGAGGGUGAUCAUGGCCAUAUGCAACCACCGCUUUUCCUCUUUUUAGACCCGACUCGGUGUGGUACAACUGAUCGGGAUGCGUUUGUCUUUUCAAUCAACACCCGGCGAUACCAGUUUGGCGAGACACGGCCCCUUAUAUGCAAGCUUGAUUCAAAGUGGAGACAGGCAGACGUUGGCGAGGAGGGUAGGCCUGUCACUUGUCAUAUUCCCUGUAUAUGGGUGAAGUCAGAUAUGAUCAAGAUGCAGUCCUCAAAAGGUCGCGAAGCGAGCUUUGCGACACCGUCAACUUCGUUCGUAGUGAGCAUGUCUACCGACGACUGUAUUAGUGCAAAAGCCUUGCUCGUAUGCAAAGUGCCCUUAAAGGAUCAAACAGACGCAGUAUGGCCACGCGGAAAAUGGGUUGAAGUAGACAAAGUCCACGAACGUGUAACGUUCCGGGCCCUUUCAUGGCUCAUUGAACGCAUUGUACAUGAGAAUGAACAGUUCAAUCAGUGGUUAGAAGUGACCGUGCCGAACAAUUCAAUCACGCACAAGUGUGGACGCUGUGCUCCUGCACCUCCGGGUAUCCUGUGGAUUCGAAACGAGAAUGGUAAAGUCCGUGCUGUAGAAGACGCCCUCCAAGCUGGGGUAUACGAACGCGACCUCAAGAACCGGCCAGCAGUAUUUGUCACCCAAUUGCGGUUGGAUGAGGGGACCCGCGUUGGAGUUGUCCGAAUUGGCGUGAACUUCCAGUCGCUGAUUCAUCGAGCAUAUUCCCGUUUGCCUACCCUUGACCGUGCGGCAAAUCCUACAUUCUCGUGGUAUUUAAACACGAAUUUCACUGAUUAUCCGAAACUGAAUUUGCCGAAAUUCAUACUGACAAGCAACCGUAAAGAUACAAAGGUCGACCAACCGGAACAUUUCAAGAUACCGUUGCGGCCAGAACAACUGCGUUCACUUAGCUGGAUGCUUAGACAAGAGUCGCUAGAUGCGAAACCGUUUAUUGAAGAAGAAAUCGCGGAAGCAGUAUUGGGACCCCUCAACUGGCGUGCACAAGGGCGAGCACAGCGUCCAGUAUUUGUUCGCGGUGGUGUUCUCGCCGACGAAGUUGGAUACGGGAAGACAGCAAUUACGCUCGGUUUGAUCGACAGUGGUGCAAAGUGCAUCAGGCAGGAACCGCGACCGCCUUCUGCGCAGCUUAGUGGCAAAAUUUAUGUGAGAAGCACACUGAUUGUCGUUCCUCCCCACCUUACACGCCAGUGGGGUUCAGAGGUGAAUAAGUUCACUGGUGACCUUUUCACUGUGGUCAUCGUCUCAACUGCUAGUAGCCUCAACUCGUUGACUAUCAAAGACGUCCAAGAAGCUGACAUUGUCAUUGUGGCUUCAAAUCUCUUCCACAGUAGUGUUUACCUUGCCAACCUCGAGGCAUUUGCUGCAGGCGGGACUUUACCAAGCCAAGACGGCCGUUUCUUUAAUGCAAGGCUAGAUCAUAUCCUAGGAUCACUUCGUGAUCAAGUCGAACAGCUUCGCACCAAUGGUUCAGAGGCAGUCAUGCAGGCGAUUCUUGAUGCUCGCAAGAAAGAUAAUGAAGCCGAUGUUUUCGUACAGAAGAGGCGAGUCAAGGGUGCGAAAGCACGCGUACCAGCUGAGAUUGAAUCAGGGAGCAGGCCAAAUGAUUCAAUGUAUGUAGAUGAAGAGCACCCGCGCAUACCGCCCCCGUCAAAUAAAAUUGUAGAGGUCGUCAUCCCGGUGCACAGGAGCCCGAGCACCGUUGCACGGUCGUACUCUUCAGAUGCUGAAGUGUCCGCACCGCCAGCGUCCGAAGCAACCUCGGCCGUGGAAUCGUCGGACGUGGACAGCACGACACGCCGCCUUCGAAAGUGUACAGGUCGAAUUUCCCUCAUUGACUCUGACUCUGACGAAGUUGACGUUCGGCCGAAAGGCUUGAGUACGACUAAAGCUUCCGCGAAGUCCACCUCGAGUUUGAGAUUUAAGAAACCAAUAAAGCGCAAAGCUGAGUCCUCUGAUUACGAAGACUCACUAUCCGAAUCCGAGGAGAAAAGGGACGAGUCCGAUGGUGUAAAUGAACAUACAGACUUUGGGCAUGCCAAGAAGCUGGUCAAACGGCCUUCAAAGCCGAGUCGCCUGCUGAAAAGAGCAAAAACCUCUACCGAAAUUACGCGGGAUAUGGUGAACGGUGGCCCCCUCAAGGCGGUGUCUAUAGCGAGUAAAACGGCUUCUGCAAAGAUCAAGCAGGUGAAACCGAUGAAGUUGAGGGAGGAAAGUGACCCGUGGAAACUAAAGACCAAAGCAAAAAACGAUUGGGAACAAAUGCAUUCUCCACCCCUGGAGAUUUUUCAUUUCGCUCGUAUUGUCAUUGACGAGUACACGUAUUUGGAAGGGAAAAUCCUUUCCAUGGUGCAGAGGCUCACGGCGACUCGUCGAUGGGUGCUUUCAGGCACCCCUCCCAUCCACGACUUUGCUUCCUUGAAGACCAUAGCUGCUUUUCUCAACGUUCAUUUGGGCGUUGAUGAUGACGGAGAAGGUCAAUCUGCGUCAGUCAAGAAGAGGCAGAGGGAGCAGACUGACUCGGAGAAGUUCCACUCGUUCCGCGAGGUUCAUACCAAUGAAUGGCAUGCACAUCGUCACCAACUUGGUCAAAAAUUCUUAGACCAGUUUGUUCGACAAAACAUCGCCGAAAUUGAUGAAAUCUCAUGGGUUGAAAAAAUUGAAUUGGUCAAUUUGCCAGCAGCUGAACGUGCCAUCUACCUUGAAUUGGAACAUCAUUUGCGUGCGUUGGAUAUGACAAUUAAGCGUGGGCGGAAGUCUGAAAGCGAUCGCGAGAAACGAUUAGCUCAGUCUCUUGGAGAAAGCAGCUCUGCUGAAGAGGCUUUGCUGAAGCGUUGCUCACAUUUUGACCUCGACGUCAAUGAAGAGAAUGCAAUGAAGGCUUGUGAAGUCAUCGUCCGCGAGCGCACGAAACAGCUUGAGGAUUGUAAGCGAGAACUCGUAGAUAAGCUACAACAUGCAUUGGCGCUUCAAAGUGAAAUCGGAAAAACCGACUCCGAAACGUACUUCCAGGAGUAUGUACGUGUAACUCAUAACGAAGGAGUCGGUGAUAAGGACGCUACUUCGAUUGCUCUUGAACAACUGAAGAUGGCCGGUAUUGAAGGUCCAUUGUCUUGUCCGUCAAAUAAAUCAGCCGACUCGCGGAAGAACGUCAAGGACAAAGGGAAAGCCAAGGGUGUCUCAAACGGCAUCAGUGAUUUGAUCUGGGAUAUCCGAGAACAGACCCAUGAGAUUCGGAGAUUGACAAAGGAACUCGUUGGCCGUGUCCGGUCGCUGCGUUAUUUCACUGUUGUUCGAGACUUACAGAAACAGUCGGGCAUACCUUCGACUGCCUCUUGUCCCUCGUGUGCAAACCAAAAAAUCCCAAUUGAGGAUAUUGCCGUGCUAUCGUCUUGCGGCCAUAUUGGUUGCAUAAAGUGUGUGAUGAGCUGUGCAGAACGCGAGGAAUGUGUUUGUGCCCAAUCUGGCGGAUGCAAUGCUGCGGCUCGCGUUCUUAACAUCGUCAAGGGCGACACUCUUGGUGUUGAUGAUGUUGCUCGGGAUGGCACUGGAAAACAUUUUGGGGUUAAGCUCGAAAAGAUUGUUGAGCUCAUACAGAAACGAAUACCUAACCAAGAACGUGUCUUGGUAUUCGUACAGUUUCCGGAUCUCAUGAAGAAGGUAGCGGCGGCGUUCAGUGCGAACAAAAUCAAGUUUCUCGAAAUCAAAGGCAGUGCUUCCCAGAAGUCAAAGAAUCUAGAGAAGUUCCAGAAUGAUUCCGAAGAAAGAGUGCUGCUCUUAAACGUCACUGAUGAGAGUGCCAGUGGCGCUAAUCUUACAGGCGCAAACCACGCGAUUUUCGUCAACCCUUUGCUGACGAGCACCCAAGAGAUCUACGAGGCGUGCGAGACUCAGGCGAUCGGGCGUGUGCGACGAUAUGGGCAGACAAAACUUGUACAUAUAUGGCGAUUUCUCAGCCUAGGCACGAUUGACGUUGAGAUCUUUGAGCAGCGGACUAAGAAAAAAUUAUUAUGA